UGCAGAAUAAUUGUUUUACAAUGUCUUAAAAGGUUUGGUCAACUUUUUUCUGCAAUCGCAAGGGAGGCCUUGGGUGUUUGUGGAAGCGUAAACAUGAAGCUAAUUGUCGUUUUUGCAAUUUUUGUGGCAGAGAUUAACGCUCUCUGCUACGACAAAUUUCCUAACUGUAAAGAUUAUGUCAACAGACCGGGCAAUCUUUGUGAAACAAAUUCCUUCAUCAAAUAUAAAUGUGAAAAGAGCUGUGGUUCAUGUGGAGGUCCCAGACCUCCCGUCACGCAAAAGCCACCGGAGCCGCCAAAGCCAUCACGACCACCAGUACCACCCCCACCUCCAGGCUCGUGUGGCGUAAAACCGCAGACCAGAAUUGUUGGUGGUACCAAGGCUCGUCCCGGUGAUUGGCCCUGGCAAGCAAUGUUGAGAUCUCCACGAGGUUCGAGUUUCUGUGGCGGAACCUUGAUAGCUGACCAGUGGGUCCUUACUGCAUCACACUGUGUAUAUAGAAAGAGACCGCAAGAUCUAAGGGUGAGAAUGGGAGCCCAUAAGAAAAGAGGAAAUGAUCCCACAGCACAAGACUUUGAAAUUGAAAAAAUUAUCAUGCAUUACAGUUACAAGAAACCAUACGGCUUGAGUCACGACAUAGCUCUGUUGAAGCUCAGCAGCCCAGCACAACUCAACAGUGCUGUUGGUAUCGCUUGCCUGCCAGACACAUCAGUGGAUCUACCAAUUGAUGACGAGAGCAAGAAAUGCUGGAUUACAGGUUGGGGACGUCUGUCGUCAGGAGGAUCUUCACCAAGUGAACUGAUGCAGGCUGAAGUACCACUGGUAUCUAAUGAGCGCUGCUCUAAAAGCUAUGGCAGAAUUCACGCCUCAAUGCUGUGCGCAGGUCAUGAUGAGGGAGGUGUUGAUGCGUGUCAAGGGGAUAGUGGGGGUCCUCUGGUGUGCAAAUAUGGCGGCAAGUGGCACGUCGAAGGCGCCACAAGCUGGGGCAAAGGAUGUGCGCGCCCACAGUACUUUGGUGUUUAUGCCAAAGUCAGAUAUAUGUUGGAUUGGGUUCAUGAAAAGAUGGCCUCGAACUGAAACAACUAUCUCAUCACCAGGCAAUCCUGUGUCUACGCCAUUGUCAAAAGUAAAUAAACCUCAACUGAUAAAUAACAUGAAUGGUAUUUUUUGACUUGAGUUAAAUCCAUGUAGCGUACCUCAGUGGACCUACAAUCUCCAUUACGGGCUUUCUGGGACAUAUUGCUUAUAUUGUUUAGUUUUGUUAAAAAAAGGGACUGAAUUCUAAAACAAGAACCCCAGCUCUCGUGCUCAUUUCUUCUAUUUUCUGCGAGUUUAAAAUGGGCACUACAUCAGUAACGCGAACGCAGAUUAUCGAUCGAUUCAAAUCUCGUUGAAGCAUUUACCAAGGCUAUUUCUGAAGAUCAAUUCUACAAUGCACAUUAAAACAAAUGAAAAUGAGUCUGGCUGAAGUCAGAAACAAACGUAUGCGCUGAUCGAAAUUGAAGAAGUUUAAAGAGUUUAAAGAGUACAUUGAUGCAUGGAAGUACUUUUUUCCUUAUCCCCUGGGAUUUUUCUUGGAUCGGAUGCACGCAGAAUUUCAACCGACUGUUUUUGAGCUUUGCACUCAGUUAUUGACAAGCAUACGGAGAAAUAUUGAUUGAUUCUUGAAGUCCUCCCGUUAUUGCUAUCAUGAAUGUAGCAAUUACAUCUUUUCUUUACUAAAAGAAGGGAAAGGUUUUCUUAAUAGAAAAUCUUAAAACACGUGUAAACCUGCCAGACAUCUGAAAUAAUACAGCUUUAGCCUUUUAGCAGCUACAGUACCAAAACGUCUAUUGCAACGCUUCAGUAUCAUCAGCCAUUGCACACAUCUAACACAGUAAGAGUAAUUUUUAUUCACUGUAUAAAAACAUACCGCUAAGCUACAAGACUGCCCAGAAAUAUUGUACCAGUUAUAAAAUUAUUCGACACAACGUAAUUUACAAGUAAGAUCUGUUGCAAUUUUAACCCAAGAUACUUUCAUAAAAGCGGAUCCACGAAGUCACUAUUGUGGCCGAUUAUUUUUUUGUUGUGUUGCUUGGAGCUUGUUAUGACGAUUACUUUACUUUUUUUUUGAACAAGGCCAAUACACAACAAAUUCUGAUACUUUUCGCCUUCUUC